UUAGUGCUGUUAAGCAUAAUGGAUGACAAUUAUCGCAAUAGUAUAAUUAAUAAAAAAAAUUUGGUGAUAACUGAGAUUUUGGAAACCGAAGAAUCAUAUGUAAAUCAUUUGAAAGAAAUAGUAGAGGAGUAUUUGGAAUAUUGGAAGCAUAAAGAAAUAUUGUCAAAAGAACAUUGCAAUCAAUUAUUUGGAAAUAUCACGGAAAUUUAUGAAUUUUCAAGAAUAUUUUUAAAUGAAUUAGCAUUGGCCAAUAAUAGCGUACCACAAAUUGCUCACUGUUUUUUAAAUAAUCAUCUUAAGUUUAUUAUUUACUCAACAUACUGCAUUAAUUUUCAAAAUUCUGAUGCCAUGAUAUCAAAAAUGAUGCAAAGUCGACUGUCAAUCAAUAUCAUAUAUCAAAGGCAAAAAGAAUUAGGACAUCGCCUUCCACUUGGAUCUUAUUUAGUAUUGCCUGUACAGCGUAUUUUAAGAUAUCAUUUAUUACUUAAGAAAUUAGCAGCAUAUACUUCAUAUAACGAAACUGAUCAUUCUUUAGUCGUAAAAGCUCAUGACAAAAUGGUUAUUUUAGCUAAAGUUAUUGAUGAGACGAAAAAUAAAUAUGAAAAAGAAGGUCGUAUUAAGGAUAUACGAUUAAUGAUUAAACAUUUGAAUUUGAAGGAUAAGACAAAUGUCGAUAUAUCAAACAAUUGUUUUGAAUUACACGCCGAAGGCGAUUUAAUGAUCGCGGGAACGAAGAAGAAACUCCAUGUGAUUAUAUUAAACAAUAUGUUAUUGAUUGUCAAAGAACAAAAAUGUGGACUGUUGGAAUACAAAACUCAUAUAAAGAGUAGGAACAUCACUGUGAUUGAACACGUGAAAGGAAAUCCACUAAGUUUUCGUUUGGUAUCUAACGCGGGAUCCAAACAUUCGUUUACAUUGCAAGCGACUUUAGCAGAAGAAAAGAUAUUUUGGAUUAAAAUGUUAAACAAUAUUAAAAAUGAUACUUCAGAGCUCUCAAACAUUAGCUUUACUGAAUUAAUGGCCAAAUAUUUCUACAUACCACAGUUAUUUAAUAAUUAA